AUGAUUAAACUUUUUUCAUUAAAACAACAAAAGAAAGAUGAGGAAGGCUCAGCAAGAGCAGGAGGUUCACAGAAAAAAGCGUCAGCCGCUCAGUUGCGGAUUACAAAAGAUUUGAAUGAAUUGAAUUUGCCCAAGACAUGCAAUACAGAGUUUCCAGACCCAGAUGAUUUACUUAAUUUCAAACUAAUCAUAUGCCCUGAUGAAGGAUUCUAUAGAGGAGGGAGAUUCAUAUUUAGUUUUAAGGUAGGACCAAACUAUCCUCAUGAGCCUCCAAAAGUGAAAUGUGAAACAGCUGUAUAUCAUCCGAACAUAGAUUUGGAGGGCAAUGUGUGUUUGAACAUCUUAAGAGAAGACUGGAAACCUGUGCUUACUGUCAACUCUAUAGUUUAUGGACUCCAGUAUUUAUUCUUGGAACCAAAUCCCGAGGACCCUCUAAACAAGGAGGCUGCGGACGAGCUGCAAAGUAACAGGAGGUUGUUCGAGCAACACGUGCAGAGAGCGAUGCGAGGCGGGUACGUCGGCUCUUCCUACUUCGAGAGAUGCCUCAAAUGA